AAUCACCUCCUUAAUUCACAAACACACACAACUUUUCAACUUUUAGCUGCUGCUGCUUCUUCUUCUUCUCCAUCUCCUCCUCCCAUUUGUCCCUCUACUUUCCAGGCUCCACCUCUCUUCCCAACCAUACCCAUUACAACAAUCACAAGAACCCAAAAGAAAAAAACUAAAAGAAAUUUGCUUUACUACACAUAAGGUUACACAUUAUAUAUACACAACACAUAGAGCAGGAGCUACAUGCAAUGGGUUCAUCAAGCCCAUUGAAAGAUCACUAUUUUUCUUCUUUUAAUAGAAGCAAGUUGAUAACAUGGAGUUUGUAUACUCUUGUUUCUUUUGCAUUCAUUCGUUUCUAUUUUUACCCUUAUUUUUCUCUUGUUUCAACUCAAGACCAAUUCUUAACCACCAACUCCAGGGUCAUUAGUACCACUAGCACCCCUUCUUCUUCUUCUUCUUCUUCUACUUCUCAUGUGUCUCCUCCUCCUCCAUACUCACAAGAAGAGGAAAAACCCCAUGUGGAAUCAACAACAUGUGACUAUACAAAUGGUGAAUGGGUCCAAGACAAACAAGGUCCUAUGUAUAAUGGGACAAGUUGUGGGACAAUCAAGAAGGGACAAAAUUGUAUGAGGCAUGGAAGGCCUGAUACAGGCUAUCUUUAUUGGAGAUGGAAGCCUAAAGAUUGUCAAGUUCCCAGGUUUGAGCCCACCAUUUUUCUUGAUAUGCUCAAGAACAAGCAUGUAGCUUUUGUAGGUGACUCUAUGGCUAGGAAUCAAUUGGAGUCACUUCUGUGUAUGUUAUCUACAUUUUCUGCUCCUAAUCUGGUUUAUAGAAAUGGUGAAGAUGAUAAAUUUAGGAGAUGGAACUUUCCUUCACAUAAUGUUACUGUUUCAGUUUAUUGGUCACCUUUUCUUGUCAAAGGUAUCGAAAAAUCGACAAAUGGUGGGCCUGAUUACAAUAGGUUGUUCUUAGAUUCUGUGGAUGAGAGAUGGGCUUCUGAUCUUGGUUCUAUAGAUAUGGUAGUUUUGUCGAUUGGGCAUUGGUUUCUACAUCCAGCUGCGUAUUUUGAUGGGGAUAAAGUAUUAGGUUGUCAUGUUUGUUCUGGUAUGAAUUAUACUGAGAUUGGUUUUUAUGGAGUUUAUGCUAAGGCAAUGGAAACUACCCUUAAGGCGAUAAUGAAGAGAAGAGGUAGUCGAGUUGGUUCUGAUAGCAAUGGUGCGAUUGAUGUUAUUGUUACUACAUUUACACCGGCACAUUUUGAAGGGGAGUGGGAUAAGCCAGGGGCUUGUUCGAAGACUAAGCCUUAUAAGGAAGGGGAAAUUGAGCUUAUAAACAUGGAUGCAGAGAUGAGAAAAUCUGAGUUGGAUGUCGUGAAAGUGGCGAAGAAGAAAGCUAAGAGAUUCAAGAAUUUGAGGUUAGAGGCAGUGGAUGUAACCAAAUUGGCACUGAUGAGACCGGAUGGUCACCCAGGGCCUUAUAUGAAUCCGCAUCCGUUUGCCAAUGGCGUAGGAGAGCGCGUUCAGAAUGACUGUGUGCAUUGGUGCUUACCAGGGCCAAUUGAUACCUGGAAUGAGAUUUUGCUUGAUGUGAUUAAAAGAUGGAAUGGUCAAUCCAGGCAUUAGCAUGUGGUAUACUUCUGGCUUCAUGAGGCUUCUCGAACAGAUAAAUUCAGUAUAUUUGUAUAGAAAUGCUGAAUUUUCAACACUGGACACUAAAAAGAACAACACUGGUUAUUAAAUUGUUCAUUUUGAUUCUCCCAUGGCAUCUGUUUUUGAGGGAUAUUCAGAAGAUCAAGAAGAUGUUCAUAAAGCAGUGCCCAGGAUGCAGUAGAUACUGGUACUAAAGGCAGCAACAAUGUCAAAAAGAGUUUUGUUUUUUGUAAGUAGAAAUGAACCAUAGUAAUGUUAAAACUAAAGGGCAUUUAUACUUUUGUUUCAAAGGGCAUGUAUACUUCUGUUUCUUAGGAUAUCUUUAUGUAAUUUAAGCUAGGUAAAAGUACAUCACACAUUGCCCUGUACUUUAUUUUCCUCCAUUCAUUUUUUUGAUAGAGUCCUUAAAGAUAAAAUUUUUUAUUGAUGUAUUUUUUGAGAA